GGGCAUUUUUCAGCUCAUUGCUCCAAGCCCGAGUCGGCCCACUCGCUGUCACGGCAGGAGGCUGUCUUCACAUGGGCUGCCUCCUCAAUCUGGGGGUCCCGCAGGUGCCGUCGACUCACACAAGUGUCGCCCAUGCCUGGGGUGUGCACAAAUCGGCCGCUCCACUCGCCUCGGCGAGAUUUCCCUACGCCCGGCUGUGGGCAUCAUACGCCUCGUAUGCACGUUGGCAACCCCCAUUUGUCUGACUGUCCGUCUGUCUGCGUGGCAGUCGGCCACCCUCUUCAUUCGGUCGAACAGCAUCUGCUGAUGGUCGUCUCACUUUACAGUUAUGCAAGAUGA